AUGAACGCCGUCAAGCGGAAACGCUCCAGGGUAGCGUGCAAGCCAUGCCGGGAGCGUAAGCGGAAAUGCGACGGCGGCAACCCGUGUAUCACCUGCACCGAAUGGGGCUACGAUUGCUCCUACGAGACCCAACCUCGUCGAAAGCUAGACAAGAGACGUCCAUCUCGCAUAGAGCCGUCUCCGGAAGCGGCGCCGACCCAGGAGACUGCACCGCCAGAUACUCACGGCCUGACUCGGCGUCUGGAGGCUAACUCGGGAGCGGCCUUCGUGAGGAGGAUAGGCCUCAGAGUCGACCCUACGAAGGCUCCUAGAAUGAAUCUCUUCGGAUGGAAUAUUGGUGCACGACCAUUGUCUUCCGGGGCGCGAGGCUCGCCGUUACCCAUCACAGAGAUCACUUUUCUGGAUCAUAUGAAGCUGUUGGCGACGACGUAUUUCCAGAAGGUAGACCCGUGCUACGGAUUUCUUGAUCAACAUGCGUUCUUUGAGCGGCUGGAGCAACGGUGGCAGUCUCCUCUAUCCAGCGAUCGUCUAUAUGACAGCGUGCUGGCCGGCGUGGCUGCUCUGGGGUGUCUGUUUUCCCAACGGAACAUCACAAUCACGGAGCUCCAUUUCGUGGAAUCAGCUCGUUCGAUCUUGGACACGCAUGUUCUAUCUGGUGCGCCUCCCCUAGCUCUUGUCACCGGAUGGGUUCUUCGAGUCGCCUACUUGCGCAUGACGGCUUCGCCUCACUCGACGUGGAUAGCCAGCUCCACAUUAAUGCAUUUCGUUGAAGCUGCAGGGUUCCAUCUCAGCUCGUCAAACCCUGUUCUCCCCUUCAUCACGCACUGCGAUCCGGAAAUCGCAAAACGGAUCUUUGGGGUUGCGCAGCACCUGAAUAUGUGGACUUCGUUCGAUCUGGGACUCUCCCGAGUCGUUCUCCAGAAACAAGAGCCUCUUUCCCUCCCGUCACCUAGACCCGGUGAAUGCAUGAACGAAUUACUUAGCCUUCUGCCGAUAUCCGCCAGCCUCGAUCCCGGGAAGCCGAUAGACAACCUGGACAUUGAGUCGAAGCUUUCGACGGUCCUGGACCGUACUCACACACAGCCACCAUCAGUAAUGGCGCAGUGUAAUCUUGUCCUCUGUAUGCUGCGCCGUCUUCAUACUCAGAAUUUCGACAUCUCACAUGCACUCGCAGAGCGAGUCCUUGCAUUGCUCAAGAAAGCCCUCGCAUGUGCACACAGCAUGGUCGCAGAUUGCUCUCCAUGGCAGCAUAUAGCAAAUGUGCCGUUCCAGAUCAUCUGCGUUCUUCUGGUGAUGGAUACACGCCCGUCACUAGCAAUGCUUUCGGAGGCAGUGCAGACUCUGGAACUCGUUGCGUCUACCUACGACACAGAAACCAUGAGGGAGGCUUGCAAGGCGGCCCACUUGUUGAUCAUGCUUCACCAACAGCGCAGAAGGGAUGACCUGGCUAUCUUUAGUGGCAUACUGGAUACCUAUAGCCGACAUGAGAGUGGCCAGGCCGAAACUCUGCCGUCGCUGUCCAGUCCCAGUGCGGAGGAGUACUCUUGGCUUGGUGCCUUGGUUGCUGAUCUGCCCGGUUUGCAGAAGGUUGAUUUUGAUCAGUUUCUGAAUACGGAUAUUAUGAGCCAUUCAUUCUGAUAUGCUGCUUCAUCGGCGUGUUUCUGAGCAAGAUUGUAAGAAGUCCGGCAUUUGCAUAGUCUGUAACCCUCCGCAACACCCGCAGGAGCCGUCCACCAUCUCCGAAGCCCUAAAUCAGACAAGCAUAACCCAGUGACUCUUUUCUUUACUUUCUCUCUUUUUUUUAAAAAAAAAAAUUUACUUGUGCAUGACUCCUAAGGACUCUCAUAUAUCAAGAGUGGUUAUAUCC